AUGACAGCUUGGCAACUGGACACCUACGGAGAAAGCGAGCCCUUCGCUGGAGACCUGGCGCGAGGCGCGUACAUCUCCACGGCGCGCAUCAUCCUGAUGUCCGUCAUCAGCAUGGGCGUCUAUUGGAUCUACUGGAUGUACCGCACCUGGAAGCAGUACCGCGACCACACCAUCGAGAUGGCGGCGGAAAGCGGCGAUACCCACCAUCCCGUGUGGCACGGGCUGACCCAGCUGGUGCCGGUCUACGGGUGGUUCCGCUACCACGCCCACAUUCGGCAGUACCAGGCGCUGAUGGUGGAACAGGGAGUGCCCGACACCCUGAACCUGGGCCUGCUCACCACCGUGGUCGUCAUCAACGGGAUCGUGGGCAUUGUUGCGGGAACCCUGCGGAGCCCCGAGCUGUACUCCGGCGCCGUGCUCCUGGCCGGCGUCAUCCUCAGCAUCAUUACCCUGAUCGUGGCCAUCGUCGUCCUGUGCGUGAUGCAGUCCAACCUCAACCGGUACUGGGCCAGCGUGGACGGCCGUCUCGAGCGGACCGCUCGUUUCGGCAAGGGCGAGGUGGUAUGUGUCGUCCUGGGCGUCCUUUUCUGGGCCGGCGUCGUGGCCGACUUCAUCUGGUCGUAA